AUGAACCCGAGGCCCGGAGGCCCGGGCUGCUCGUCUACUAACAUGGAGCCAGGUAUGCUGGAGCUGCACACUAAAAUGGACGGCACGAUCAACGUGUACACAGUGGAUCAUCGUGACACUGGGCGUAGCAACCGCCUCAACUGCGUGGCGGCACAGGCAAUGACGACUGCUCCCCCACUAGGCACCGACAUUGACCCGAAGGAGGUUCCUUCCUGCGCAAAAGACUUGCUCUUCAAGUACGGAUAUCUCUCGGCCUUCUCAAUCACAAGCGCUGCAACCGAUAUAUCGACUUUCAUUUCCGACUACACGAAUGGAGCCAACACGUUUGUGUACGGAGUGAGCUAUGAUACUUCAUGGGUGGAGCGCCUUAUGCACUUGAAUACGCCGAGCAUGAAUGGAUACAUUCUCGAUAGCGUUCAAGCAUCCUCUGGUGUGCCGACCGACAAGUCUAACUACAUGUCGACGACUGAUCGGGACUAUGGUGAGGUGGGCGAGUAUUUCAUGGGGCUGUGCGAUCGGGACGCUGAGUGUAAGGCUCAUUUCCCGUCGGCCAACCUCUCGUCUACGGUCCACAACAGAGAUCCCAGUCACUUGUAG